UUGUCAUUUUCUCACUCUCUCUCUCUCUCUCUCUCUCUAGAACACAGAGUAUGUCCCCAGAGCAACUGCUGCUGUCGCUGCAACUUGCUCCUAAGCUCCUUCUUCUUCUUCUCAAACGCUGUCGUUGCUUCUUCUGCCUGCGAAUGUUGAAUUCGGCCUUGCUCUUCGUCUCUCUUCCAAGCACAUUGUGAUCUGGCUCUUUGAUCCAUUCAUUCCGUAUAAUAUAAUAUAUGCACACACUAUAGAUAUUCAGUAAUUGCUAUUUUUGGAAUUUUGAUUUGAAGUGUAAGGAGUUCAGCUGGCAUUACAUUUAGUUGUGGUCUUCGAGUGCUCCUUUAGGUUUUCAUUUUUAGUUGGAGGCUGCAUAUCUUCUCACAUUUUGCAGAUAAAAAAGAAAGGCAAAUCAUUUGAAUCUCCACAUGGAGCAAUAUGAAAUACUCGAGCAGAUAGGCAAGGGGUCAUUUGGUUCAGCUCUUCUCGUGAGGCAUAAACAUGAAAAGAAGAAAUAUGUGCUAAAAAAGAUUCGCCUAGCCCGGCAGACUGACAGGUCACGGCGAUCUGCGCAUCAAGAGAAGGAGCUCAUUUCUAGAAUACGAAAUCCAUUUAUUGUAGAAUACAAAGAUUCCUGGGUAGAGAAGGGUUGCUAUGUUUGCAUUAUCAUAGGUUAUUGUGAAGGAGGAGACAUGGCAGAAGCCAUAAAGAAAGCUAAUGGAGUGCUUUUCCCAGAAGAGAAGCUCUGUAAGUGGCUUGUGCAACUUCUAAUGGCACUUGACUACUUGCAUAUGAAUCAUAUUCUUCAUCGUGAUGUCAAGUGUUCAAAUAUCUUUUUGACAAAAGAACAAGACAUUCGUCUUGGUGAUUUUGGACUUGCCAAAAUAUUGACUUCAGAUGACUUUACUUCCUCUGUUGUGGGGACUCCAAGUUACAUGUGUCCUGAACUUCUCACUGAUAUACCUUAUGGUUCAAAAUCAGAUAUUUGGUCAUUGGGAUGCUGUAUAUACGAAAUGACUGCUCUGAAGCCUGCAUUUAAAGCUUUUGAUAUGCAAGCUCUGAUUAACAAGAUAAAUAAAUCAAUAGUUGCUCCACUUCCAACUAAAUAUUCUGGUGCUUUCCGAGGCCUUGUCAAAAGCAUGCUGCGGAAGAACCCAGAGCUUAGGCCAAGUGCUGCAGAGCUUCUCCGGCAACCAUAUCUUGAGCCUUAUGUUCUCAAGGUUCAUCUCAAGAUUAAUAGCCCUAGACACAACGCAUUACCUUUCCAGUGGCCUGAAUCCAAUUACAUAAAGAAAACACGAUUUGCAGAUCCAGAAGAUCUUCCUCUUAAAUCUGACAGGAAGAAGCGACAUUCAUUCAGCAACAACAGGGCAUUAAACCCAAAUAUAUCUGCAGUAGAGCAAGACCUUGUGUGUUCUAUGAAAGGAAUACAUCGUAGGCUAUCAGAAUUAUCCCUUGGCAGUAGCAAUGAAGGAACAGUUAUUUGUAAACCAAUCACUGCUUCAAAACCUUCAAAUAUUGCCAAGACUUCUAAACUUGCUCCCACAAAAGCUUCUGUAACAACUAGGCGACGAACUGAGCCUGUGAAAAAACGUGAAUCUCUUCCUAUUGUGCGCACUCCAACAAAAAAAUCAGUCCCUACAAAUCGCAGAACAUCUUUCCCUUUGCCAACAAAAUCUACAAAUAUUGGAAUCCUUCAUAAUAUAAAAUCUCCAGAUGUCUCUGUCAAUGCUCCUCGAAUUGACAAGAUAGCUGAAUUCCCAUUAGCUUCAUAUGAAGAGGCAUUCUUUCCUAUCAGGAGAACUUCGUCAACUUCAGCUCAAGCAUCAUGUGGCACCCCACAUCAUGGUGACCGCUCAAUCACAAAGGACAAAUGCACAAUUCAGGUUGACAGAGUCUCUGCCAAGCCCAACUUUACUGAUGCAUGGCAAGGAAUCGAACAUGGCAUGUUUCAGGUAGAGGAAGAGGAAGGAAGCAAUUCAUCUAAUCAAAAUGCAACAGCAGGUGCAUCGAGCCAUACGUCAUCGGACACAAGGCGCCAUAGGUUUGACACUUCAUCAUUCCAGCAACGUGCUGAAGCUCUGGAAGGGCUGCUUGAAUUUAGCGCAAGAUUACUGCAAGAGGAAAGGUAUGAAGAGCUUGGCGUGCUACUAAAGCCUUUUGGGCCUGGAAAGGCUUCCCCCAGGGAAACUGCUAUAUGGUUGACAAAAAGCUUCAAGGAGAAUACUCUCAAACCUGAAGAUUUAUAGCAACUGAUUCACUGUGUACCAUAUUAGUAGUUGUGACAGUUUUAGAGCUCGAUCUAUCAGCUUUUCAUAAAUGAUCUAAGGAGAGUCUCUAGAUACUUGGGCAGAUGCUUUUUAGGUUGUAAAUUUCAAUGUCCCUCUUCUUAUUCAGGAAUUGAUAGAUCAUGGAAAAAUUUGCGGUUAUUUAUCUUUGAAUUUUUUUUUUUUUUUAGAUUUGAAAGGGAAUAGAUGCAAUCAGCGUUUAAACCUUGAUAUCUUGUAAUACGACGUAGACACUUGGCAAUCGGCUUAUCAUUCAAUCUAUGUGGAUUUAAUUUA